AUGACGACAGAAAUUAUUUUUAAAGAACAAAUACUUUUAACAAGACAAGAACGAUCCAAUGCAUCCUUUCAUGCAGGAUGUAAAAUGUUUUCAUGGUCUUGUAAUGAUAACGCGAUUAAAAAUUUUUUAUCAAUUGAAUUUGAUAAUGAAUACACAGCUUUUUUAUCGAUUAAAAUAAAACAACAUGCCGAAGAUGAAUGGCAUGUUCUUUUAAAACGAUAUCGAUUAAUGGAAUCAUCUCAUGGUGAACCUGGUAGUAAUAGUCAUAUUAUAUUAGAUCAAAAACAAUUUAUAUUUAUGCCACGUUCUAUAUAUCAAAUAUGUUUUUUUCUUCAACAACCAUCACCAAUUUGGAAAGAUUUUUCUAUUGAUAAUGUUAAGAUUCACAAUCAAACAAGUCUAUCAAAAGAUCGUAAGCCAUCAAUUGAGCGUUUACUUAGCAGUACCUUGAUUAAUGAUGAUCAAAUGACAGAAACGACAUUUACUAAAAUACCACCCAUCAAUGAACUUUCCCAACAUCUUCAAGCAAUGUGGACAAUAUGUGCUAAAAUGCAGCAAUCAGAUUAUGGUACCGAUCAUAUAAAACGAUUUGAUAUCGAUGGUUCAUAUGAUUUACAAAUACUAUCUUAUACAUAA